AUGAAACUCUUGUUAAAAUGUCUUCUCAGUCACCCCUACUCGAAGGAAGAGCCCAACUCGCUGAACUUUUCUACUUUUCGCGCCCUAUUUCCGAAAUUUAUCACCAAAGAGUUGGACCUCCGCUCCAACCCGCUCGCCGAAAUAGCACGGGAUGCAGCAGGCAAUUUCACCUCAGCAAGUGAGGAGAUCAGAGGCACGGCAACGGAGGUUGGCUCUGACGAUGAGGAAGAAAUAAUUGAUCUUGACUAUGUGGAUCCUCAAUGGGAGUACUACGGCGAAGACCCCACACCCAAAUUUCGCGGCCAAGUUAGCUGCCUGGCAGAGGCGGAGGAGACAGGCCAGGGUUUCCACAAGUGGGUUCGUGCCCUCCAUCUAGCCAGAGAAUUAGUGGAGGACGGCAUCGACCUCUAUGUUCUUGCGGAAAUUGCGGACUCGCAACGCAUGAUGGGGAAUAAGGAAGCCUACGCCGACAUGCACUCGACAGCAGCCAACAAACUCGGUGUGGAUGGGAAGCGGCGACGAUCCGAUAGUAGCGAAGGCCCAGAACCUAUACGUCCACAGAGAAUUGACAUAGAGAGUAUCCUCUACUUACCACCCGAGCCACGCUUUCCCGCAUCUCCUUAUAUACACCAGCGCAUAUUCAGCGAGGGACCCAGUGCAUGGCUCCAAAAUGAUGACACCGGCACUGUUCAUUUGCCGGAUGGCGAGAGGCUAUGGCCAGGCAAACCCUUUUACGGUGAUUUUCACAUUCCCAAAAUUCCGUGGACGGAGGAUGAUGUCAACGGAUGGUUGGAAGUUCGGGAUGAUGUAUCCAUGGACGAGCCGAUCGUGGAAACUACUGUGACCAACGGAGCUGAUUAUAUGCAAGGCUCCACGACACACAAAGCAAGGUUCCCAUUCACGAAUGGUCCGGAAUAUUGCAUUGAAGCGUCAAACGACUUUCCAUCCCAUGCUUACAUCGAUGAGGAAGAGGCCAAUGUGGAUCCAACGGACGGUGAAUACGUCCCGAGGGAGUGGAAACCUGAAUAG